CAAACGUCACAACAUCGGCAACAUCGCAUCGAAUCGCUUGAUUAUCUCGCAAAUCUUGAAAAUCAUUUCAUUCAGCGAAUUUGUGGUUAUCGGACUGCUCUACAUAGAUUUGAUAAGAGAUAAUAAAUUGCUAAAACUGUGAAUUAAUAUUUUUUAAAUAAAACUAAACAUGGGUGUUGACUUUUUCGGUUUUGCGUACGCCGCGACUGUCGCCGCUGGCGGUAUUAUGGGUUACGCAAAAGCAGGAUCCAUUCCGUCUCUUGGUGCUGGCCUCAUCUUCGGAUCCAUCUUAGGUAUUGGCGCAUAUCAAAUCAGCAGGGACCCCUCUAAUUACCAGCUGUUGCUUGGAACCACCACCGUCUUGGGAGGUAUUAUGGGAUACAGAUUCUACAACAGCAGAAAGUUCAUGCCGGCGGGCAUAGUGUUCGUGUUGUCUGUGGGGAUGCUCGCCAAAAUACUCACUAAGCAUGUUGGCUCGUCGCCUGUACCCAUCAAAUCUGGUUAAAUUGAACAGUCGCCAUCUUUGCCAUACUGUAACUUUGCCCAGUGAUUUAAACUAA